GCCUUUUUAUUUAAGCAUGUAACUGGCCUGUAAAAAAUCCUGCAGUCAUAUACAUACAUACAUAUGUUGUAUGUGCAUAUUCCUACAUAGCUGGUAUUGAUUUGGUAAUAAAUUCAUACAGCAUUGGUAGUAGUUUAUUUCUGAGUGGUGCCUUUUUCAUUACUACAAUAUUACUAAACGGUAAUGCUCGUUCUUACCGUGCCAAUAGUGUCAUAAAUACAAAUCGUGAGUUUUCACUUUCACUUGUCUCGUCCACUUCAUUCAAAUACACGUCAAUAUGUAGCUAGAUACUUCAUCGCUAUGUAUUGUAGGAAUGAGAAAUAACGGUAUAGUGCAAAAAUUUGGUGACCCCGGUCUCCAUCGAAGGAAACAUUUCCCGGUAUAGCCCCAGACGUACUCCUUUGUACUACGCGACCACCAUAUCAAUGCACCCGUCAAAUCUCACUCAUACUUUUCUUCCCCACAGUAUGAAUCACUGACAAGUUGUAAUUUAUAAUUUCUGGGGGAGCUUUACAGGAGCUGUAUGUCACGGAAUUACAAUGCAGGCCGAAAUCAACCAAACGGUGAAACACUUCGAAAAUCUUGACUUUGUCGGUGAUAUCGACAAAGUGCGGGGAAAGGCUUUGGCUAACCCAGUCAUUUUGGACAAAAUAUUUUACUCCUUGGACGCAUCAACUUUAAAAUCUGCUCGACUCGUGUGCCCCAUUUGGGCCGACGUGGCCGCCUCGUUUCUCGGGAACCUGUGUCGCCUGACCUUUUCAACAACGCCAAAUUCUGAACAAUUGACCUCAUUCAACCCCAAACUCGCCAAGCAUGUAAAAUUAGCCAUGAAGUGUGACUGCUCCUCGGCCUGCACCUGUGAACCCCAUGGGUCGUGUUACUGCUGCUGGACCUGUACCUGUUCGCCCAAUGAAGUUGACUCCAAUCGCAAUCUGCCACCUAAUUUCGCUCUACAUUUGCCUGCGAUUUCUGCCACUCUGGAAACAAUCGAGAUCAACGUGGCCAGUCCGUAUCAACCGAAUUUGCACCCCAUGUGGACCACGAACCUCCCAAACCUCGCCGUCAUCUCGAUCACCACCGAAAAAGAUUGGCAUCUUGGUAAUAAUCAUGCCGAAACUGCAGAUGAAGAGAUGCGUCAGGAAUUUCGACCCCUUCCAAAUCUAAGAGUACUUUCGAUAACAAGAAUCGGAGAUGGCCCAACCUUUGUGGACGUGCCGUGCAGGUACCAGGGCCUCCUGAACGCUGCCCCAAACCUGGAAGAAUUAAAUCUUUCCGCGAAUUCCUACCCAGAUUUGACCCGAUGUCCAAAACUGCAAAAUUUAACGUACGAGUAUCAAGGGACCGUUUUACAUGAGAAGGAACUCGUGCAAUUCAAUAUUUCCGAGAUAAACAGAAUGUUAGAAAAUUGUCGGGACUCCUUGAAAAAGUUGACUUUGAAGUACGACGGUCAUCAUGAUGUUAAGCUGGAUUUUCACUUUCCAAAUCUCACCCACCUCGAAAUCCAGGAUGACGACAAGUUCAAAAUUGGGGAUUUGUUAAACACCACCAACCUUCCGAGCCUGACGCAUUUAUCCAUUUGUACUCAGCACGACAUUUCUGCCCUGAUUGAAACUUUGCAUACACGCCACGUGGGAAUAACAUCGCUCCGCAUGCGUGCCUAUCACUGCUCGAACGGUUGGAGCCAGGAUGGACAAGCAGCUAUCAAACUGGUCAACCUCUUCCCUGCCGUGACAGAAUUAAAAUUGUCAUUGUCGGUUCAUUUUGUCCGAAAUGGUGACGAAACAGUAGAUUUUCGUCCUUUAAAAGAAGUGAUGCAAACUUUAGGCGAGUGGGGGUUAACUCAGGGGAAAGUCGUCGUUGGAAGUCUUCCCGUACGUUCAGAUGAGAAUGAUUAUUAUUACUCGGGUCACCUAUUUGAUCCGGCUUUAAAUAUUGAUUCGGACGUUGUGGUGACCGUGUUGGAAGGAAUGAAGGAAUGGAGAGGUUUGGCGAACACAUCACUUAAAUGUUGCGCAAAUUGCUACGGCGCGCGUUUGGAACCGUCCGACCGGAUGCGAGAGGCCUUCUUGUCAUGCAGUAGAAUUAGAACUGUUACUUUGGAAGAAUUAGAGGUUUUGGGACAAACGGAAAGCAAGGAUUUUCAUGAAUUUAUCCGAGAAAAUGAUUUGCCAGUUAGUUUUACGGAUCGCGAGUAGCGAAAUUUUAUUUCAAAUUUGAUUUCAGAUUUUGGACAAAAUAUUUUACUCCUUGGACUUUAAAAUCCGCCCGACUCAUGUGCCCAUAAAUAUUUAAGUUGCAGUGCAACUGUUUCACUUUUUUCAUGUAGAUAUGUACAUAUGCAUUCAACGUGUAUUAAACGUUUGAACUGAUGAAUUAUUUAUAUAAAAUACACAUUCACCAUGCAAA